AUGAUAGGUAAUCAAGACAGCUGGUGGCAGCAGUGGACCGAUACCAAUAUUAAACCUUUGACUGUCCUGAGGGCCCCUGAUGAGCCCUACGCCCGGCCGGAGGAGCAAGUCCUCAUCAACCGCCAGGACAUCAUGAGCACCAAGGAUGCCUGGGACAUCCAGGAGUUCAUCACUCGCAUGUAUAUCCAGCAGCUGCUUCGACACCCCGCCUUCCAGCUGCUGCUGGCCUUCCUGCUGGUGGUCAACGCCAUCACCAUUGCUCUGCGCACCAACUCCUUCCUUGGCCAGAAACACUAUGAGUUGUUCUCUACCAUAGAUGACAUUGUGCUGACCAUCCUCAUCUGUGAGGUUCUCCUCGGCUGGUUAAAUGGCUUCUGGAUUUUCUGGAAGGACGGCUGGAACAUCCUCAACUUCCUUAUCAUCUUUACCUUGCUCCUGGGGUUGUUCAUUAGCGAACUCAAUGUCAACGCUAUCACCUAUACCCUCAGGGCACUUCGUCUGGUACAUGUGUGCAUGGCGGUGGAGCCUCUGGCCCGGAUCAUCCGUGUCAUCCUGCAGUCGGUGCCUGACAUGGCCAACAUCAUGACCCUCAUCCUUUUCUUCAUGCUGGUGUUUUCCGUGUUUGGGGUCACUCUCUUUGGUGCGUUUCUGCCCAGGCAUUUCCAAAACAUGCAGGUUGCUCUGUAUACCCUCUUCAUCUGCAUCACCCAAGAUGGCUGGGUGGAUAUCUACAAUAACUUUAAGAUAGAGACAAGAGAAUAUGCAAUGGAGAUUGGGGGCGCCAUCUACUUUGCCACCUUCAUCACCAUUGGUGCCUUCAUUGGCAUUAACCUGUUUGUCGUUGUGGUCACCACCAAUCUGGAGCAAAUGAUGAAGGCAGGAGAGCAGGGGCAACUGUAUCAGAUAAACUUCAGUGAGGGAGGCAAGCAGGAGCUGGAUGGAAGUAACAAGCUGCCGCUGGUGCACUGUGUGGUUGCCCGUCUGGAGAUGUCUGGCGUCCCGCAGGAGCCACUGUCGGGGGGCCACCUGUCUAACCUCUCAGAAAACACCUAUGACAACUUUUGCUUGGUGCUCGAGGCAAUACAGGAGAACCUGACGCAGUACAAGGAGAUCCGAGAUGAGCUCAACACGAUAGUGGAGGAGGUCCGCUCCAUCCGCUUCAACCAGGAGCAGGAGGAGGAGCUGUUGAACAAGUACUUGUCACUGAACCUGUCGGUGGUGAGCGGCUCCUCCCUGGACAUCCGCGAUAUGACGUACCAGCAAGACUUGAUCACCGCACUCAUCAACAGGGAGAAGGUUCAGGAAUCUAACACAAACGUACUCCUUAACAAAAACAAGAGCAGCCGCUGA